AUGGGAGAUCUACACUGGAGACUCCCAUGUACUAAACUCCUCGACCCAUCAGAAACUCCUCGACCCAUCAGAAACUCCUCGACCCAUCAGAAACACCUCGACCCAUCAGAAACUCCUCGACCCAUCAGAAACUCCUCGACCCAUCAGAAACUCCUCGACCCAUCAGAAACUCCUCGACCCAUCAGAAACACCUCGACUCAUCAGAAACUCCUCGACCCUUCAGAAACACCUCGACCCAUCAGAAACUCCGACCCAUCAGAAACUCCUCGACCCAUCACAAACUCCGACCCAUCAGAAACACCUCGACCCAUCACAAACUCCGACCCAUCAGAAACACCUCGACCCAUCAGAAACUCCGACCCAUCAGAAACUCCUCGACCCUUCAGAAACACCUCGACCCAUCAGAAACUCCUCGACCCUUCAGAAACUCCUCGACCCAUCAGAAACACCUCGACCCAUACGAAACUCCGACCCAUCAGAAACUCCUCGACCCUUCAGAAACACCUCGACCCAUCAGAAACUCCUCGACCCAUCAGAAACACCUCGACCCUUCAGAAACACCUCGACCCUUCAGAAACACCUCGACCCAUCAGAAACACCUCGACCCUUCAGAAACACCUCGACCCUUCAGAAACACCUCGACCCAUCAGAAACUCCUCGACCCUUCAGAAACACCUCGACCCUUCAGAAACACCUCGACCCAUCAGAAACACCUCGACCCUUCAGAAACUCCUCGACCCUUCAGAAACUCCUCGACCCUUCAGAAACACCUCGACCCUUCAGAAACUCCGACCCAUCAGAAACACCUCGACCCAUCAGAAACUCCUCGACCCUUCAGAAACUCCUCGACCCUUCAGAAACUCCUCGACCCUUCAGAAACACCUCGACCCAUCACAAACUCCGACCCAUCAGAAACACCUCGACCCAUCACAAACUCCGACCCAUCACAAACUCCGACACACUACAGAACUUUAA